UUUCAAAUCCUGAAGCUGGACGAUGAUGUGGAUAAUCUUCUGACCAACCCCCUGCUGAGCAACUGGGUGAGUUUCGUGGAGAAACUGGACUUCAACCCGUACUCGAUCUUGCUUACAAAAUUGAAGACAUCCGAGCUCACAAAUACCGACGAGAAGCUCGUCGAGAUGCUGAUGAAGGCGAAGACCAAGGCCGCUACAAGUGUCCUCGCUGGAAAACUGGAG